AAUAAUAUUUAACAUACAUUAGAAUAUUUAUAUUUAUCCACGCUUUUUCCAGUUGUUCUAUACCUUUAAUUUAGAAAUGGCUCAUUAUUAUUAUUAUUGUUGUUUUAUUUUUUUUAUUAAGAUUUUGAAAGACGUGUGUGCCUAGUAAUGUAAUGUUUUCUUUUUCUUUCUCUUUUCUAAACUUGUUUUCUAUGGGUGAAACAGCGCCCCCCUUGGCAGUCUCGGACACGUGCGGACAGAAAGCGCCGGCCGGUGAAGAUGAUGAACGUCGGUUUGCUUGAAUCAGGAAGUGUUCGGCCCUUUGUGUUGUUUGUGUAAAAAAAAAAAAACACACCAAAACCCCCCCCAAAAUGACACAGAACGUUUUAUUUUUCCCCCUAAAUCAUAACAAAUGUUUAUCAAUGGAUAAUUCUGGAAAGAAAGACCGUGGGUGAAGAAGAAAAUGUCUGCCACCAUGACAGGUGAACAUUUGAACAACUUCAACUCCAGGAAGGAUUUGGACACGAAAGGCCCGAGGCCUCAGACGAAUUCUGGGCCUCGUUGGAGUCGCUGGUGUUUGAAUCCAGGGACCAAAGAAGUCACAUGGUCACUACUGCAGGCCCAGAUGUUGGCAGAGUGCCUCGCCUUACAGCGGAAAAGAUCAAGGGUUCAAGCCCCAGCUCUGAGAGACAUUUUGGAUGCUUCACCUCCAGAGGCAUCUCCUCCACCUCACCUCCACCAGCCUGUGUCCUCCCCCGUCCUCUGGUCAAGGCCGGAGCUGGCUUUAAAGCCCAGUGAAAGUGAGAUGAGCCACAGCAGGAGAAGAAGAAGAAGAAGGCGAACGUCUUCUUCUGAAAAGUGUGCUAAUUUGAAAGUGGGAGCUGUGAUGUUUGAGGGGAGGACUGAAUCAGAAAGUACCCGUCCGUAGAGAGACUCCGAGAGUCGGGUUUCAGCUGUGAGAGGGCCCCCCCCACCGCCCACCCUCCUCCAGGUCAGACGCACUGAAGCUGCCUUUGUUUGACUGAGAACCAGAGAGAGGAGGAAAGAGGAGGAGGAAAAGUUUGCAGAGUUUGGAGUUGGUGCAGAGCAGCAGCAGCAGCAGCAGCUCCAUCUCUCUGUUCUCCUCUCAGGAACAGAACCACUUCUGUUCUGGGUCCACACUCAGCUCCACUGAAGAUGAAGACCUUUUCACGAGUUCCCCUCUGGUUCUGUGGAUUAUUUCUACUCAGCGUCCAUUUGUGGAGCCGUCACUCCUCUGCAUAUCAGCUGCUGGACGAUCGCGGUUCUCAGGGAGCUCUGGACCUGACAGAGCUGAUCGGUGUCCCACUCCCACCCUCCGUCUCCUUCGUCACCGGUUUUGAAGGUUACCCAGCCUACAGUUUUGGACCAGAGGCCAACGUGGGUCGUCUGACAAAGUCCUUCAUCCCUGACCCAUUUUACAGUGACUUUGCCAUCACUGUCAUGGCCAAAGCCACCACACGGAGAGGUGGAGUUCUGUUCGCCAUCACUGAUGCUCUUCAGAAGGUGGUUCACUUGGGUGUAGCUCUGUCAGAGGUGGAGGAUGGAUCUCAGCGGGUGGUCCUCUACUACACUGAUCCGGGAACCUCGGCAGGAACUCGGGAAGCCGCUUCCUUCAAGAUGGGUGACCUGACAGGGCGUUGGGCAAGGUUCACUCUGACAGUGCAGGGAUCAGAGGUGAGAAAUCCGAAAGUCAGGUUUGUGAAGUGAAGUUCGUCUUUAAACCAAAGGUUAAAAACUGCACAGUGUUGAACCACUAGGGGUGUGUAUUGACACGAUUCUGGCCAUAUGAUAAGUAUCGCGAUACUGGGGCAACUAUGUUACUAACGUUAGAACAGAUCAUGAAACUAAAUAUCACAAUAUUUCAAUGUAUCAAUGUUUUUCUUACACCCCAUGA